CGCGCUCCUGCCGCUUGUCCCGGGCGAUGCCUCCGCUCUGGGCUCUGCUGGCCCUCGGCUGCCUGCGGUUCGGUUCGGCUGUGAACCUCCAGCCCCAACUGGCAAGCGUGACCUUUGCCACCAACAAUCCCACACUCACCACCGUGGCCUUGGAAAAACCUCUCUGCAUGUUUGACAGCUCAGAGGACCUCAGUGGCCCCUAUGAGGUCUACCUCUACGUCCUGGUUGACUCAGCCGGCUUCAGGAAUGCCUCAGUGCAGGACAGCACCAAGACCCCACUGAACUCGAUGUUCCAGGAAACAGAAGGCGGGAGGACAGGCCCUUACAAAGCUGCGGCCUUUGACCUGACCCCCUGCGGUGACCUGCCCAGUCUGGAUGCUGUUGGGGAUGUGUCCCAGGCCUCGCAGAUCCUAAACGCAUACCUGAUCAGGGUGGGCGCCAAUGGGACCUGCCUAUGGGACCCCAACUUCCAGGGCCUCUGCAACCCACCCCUGUCAGCAGCCACGGAGUACAGGUUCAAGUAUGUCCUUGUCAACAUGUCCACGGGCUUGGUACAGGACCAGACCCUGUGGUCAGACCCCAUCUGCACCAAACGACCCACUCCAUACUCCGCGAUCGACACGUGGCCAGGCCGGCGGAGCGGAGGCAUGAUUGUCAUCACCUCCAUUCUGGGCUCCCUGCCCUUCUUCCUGCUCGUGGGUUUUGCUGGCGCCAUUGUCCUCAGCCUCGUGGACAUGGGGAGUUCUGAUGGGGAAACAACACAUGACUCCCAGAUCACUCAGGAGGCUGUCCCCAAGUCGCUGGGGACCUCGGAACCUUCCUACACGUCCGUGAAUCGGGGACCACCCCUGGACAGGGCUGAGGUAUAUUCCAGCAAGCUUCAGGACUGAGCUGAGCACCACCUCUGGGAGGCAGCAUCCUCCCAGCUGGCCUUGCCCAGAGCCUGUGGCAGUCAGUGCUCAUGCCCUGACCGGAUGGUGAAACAGGGUGUAUCGCUCCAAUUGCAGGAAACUCUUAAUAAAAUCUUC